AUGCCAAAUUGGGACUUGGGCCAGUUUUUAAGAGCCAGUUUAAUUACUUGNGACGAGUUGGUGGCGAAAUGUAGCUCCCUCAGCUUCAAUGCGCACAUAGAUGCUGUUGCAAUUUCGAAUUCGGGAAAUCUAAUUUUAGUAGGGUUACGUGAUGGCGAGAUUCAUGGCAUUUUUAUUAAAGGUCUACCGCUAUUCAAUGUAACCGUAAACGCUGAAGACGUACAUGUGACAGGGCGCACUUUUGCUGGCAUACAACAACUGGGGCAGUGUUUUCAUAUCAGUUGCACAAAUGGAAGUGUCUAUCAGCUCGGUGAAAUCAAUGAAGCGCUACUGGAGGCGAACCAAAAUGUGUCCCUCAACGAAAAUGAGACCAUCGCUUUUGACGAAAGCAUGUUAGGGCCAGUGCCAAUCGAAAAACUGAUAAGCGGUGGACGUGGUUUAAACGAUGCGGAAUCAACCGUUUUGAUACCACAAAUUCCAUUGGAAGCGUUUGAACAGCCUGUACCACUGUUUAUAGCCGGAGCGCACAAUUCUGUUUUCUGCAGAGAGCGCACAAACGAUCUGGUCAAGAUUACACUGCCUGAACAUUAUCGCGGCGUAAAACGUAUAUUUAAUUUAGAUAAUUAUAUCCUACUACUGACGUUCUCUGGCCAUUUAGUCGAGUUUUGUCCUAUCACCAAAACUGUAUACUUUCCUCAAGCGCCAAAAGCAAAAGAACUGCUAAUUGAAGAUCUUAUUAUUAUGGAAUGCAACGAAGAAAAUAUCGAAUUGUUGGUGUUGGUAAAGUCUGCGGAUAUGAGUGCUGAACGUCUUAUGAAGUUUGUGGAGUAUCCAUCUUUUAAAUGCAAUAGCGAGCUAGAAGUAUCAGAACAUGCCUGGCUUGUGCAACAGCCCAAAUCUUCCGUGAAUUUAUAUUACCUCAUUGGAAAGCAAACAAAUGAGAAUAAUAUACCAACAGAAAUCGAAAUGGUUGUGGUGUCAGAAACGGAUCCUAGCGAGCGUUUUAAGAAAUUAAUAACCAGAGGUGCUCUGGAAGAAGCUGAGAGUUACGGAAAGCAAUUUGAAUUGUGCCUGCAACCGAUUUACGAGGCAAAAGCAAAACGCAUAUUGCUAACUUUGACUUCUCUUGGUGACAAUAAUCCUGAACUCUUGGAACAAAAUUUCAAGGACCUACUCGCAUUACUAAAAAAUAUAGAAAGUAAUGAAUUUUUCAAAAAUAAUCGUAUGAUUAAUAUGCCUUCACGACGUACGCUGGAGCGUUACUUGCUAGAAAUGUUAAAACAUUUGGAUGAAGAAAAUGAUAACGAUGAUGUCUUAGAGAUAAAUGAACAACUACGUCGUCUUGAGACGCUUGCCAUAAUUGAUCCCUAUGAGGUCAAUUCAGAGUGGUCGAAAUUCGUAUACCAUUCAAAUCUGAUUAAAAUGGUUAUUGCAUUAUUUAAGACAGAUAUGCCGGCAGCAUGCUUGAUUUGGAAACGACACACUUCUGCUUUGUUACCCCAUUUGAAUGAGAAAGAAAUUUGUCAACUUCUCAGUUUAAUACCGAGUCAUAUUGAACCCUUCAACAUAGUGCAAUGGCUGCGACAAUUCGUGCCCACUGUCAGUAAGACACAUCCAAAAUUAAUGCCAUACUUUGCCGAAUGGAGUAUACAAAAAACGAGAACAUUGCAAUACGCUGAACAUUGGCCGGAAAUUGGGUUGGAAUUUGCAACCAAAGUGGCAGAGAUAUUCGAGGAAAUACGUUUUAUGCAUUGCGAUGUACGCCGUCAGCAUGACCGCAAUAUUGCUAAAUUGCACGAUCUCGUUAAUGCGCUUCAGGACCUGUCCGUUCUGAAAAAACGUUACAACCUAAUAUUCACGCUGGAUAAUUAUCUAAAGGAUUCAAUCGACGAAACAGCGCUCUGCAUCUUGCAACGCGUUCAUUUGGAUAAUUUGAAAAGUCUUGUCAAUGAUUUUCUCUAUCCUAUUUUUCAAGAGAAGGGCAAAACGCCAGUGAAGGCUUUACGUCAAUAUAUUUCGCUUUUGGUAGUUAAUCGCAAUUCACUGAGCACUUGGUUAGGGCGCUCUGUGGCGUGCAUUGAUUUGCUGCACAACGAAGACGAUCGACUCGAAUGCGCGCUGCUGGUUUUGCAGCGUGCACCAGUGCCCUGGCCGGAAAUAUCAAAUUCGCUUAUAAAAUUGCGCUACUCCACACAUCCACUCGCAUUGAAAAUUAAUACAGAAUAUGAGAUACAAGUUAUAAAAAUUAUGAAAGUCAAAUACGGCUGGCCAGCAGAUAGUAAUACAGGCAUUAGUUUGCCACUUUUUAUGCUACGCGUCGUUAAAAUGCAGCUGCCCGAUAUGUUGGAUGAUAUACGUUUGCUGACCAAAGCUGCGCCAGAAGUGGCAACAAGCGCCAGUUUUACUUGUUGUCAUGAGUUAGUGCGCAGCAACAAACCUGAACUUGCUUAUGAAUAUUUCAAAUUGCUCAUAAAUGAUAAGAACAUUAAGGCGUGCAUGAAGGUCAUUGAAACUUACGCGGAUAUGCUAGAGAACUGCGCGCCGCCAACUGGCGACAAAGACAUGGAAGAACAAAAAAAUAUGUUGGAAUUUUUCAAAUUAAUUGUGCCGCAUGCUGCUUGCCGCAGUGUUGAACAACAAAUGCACGCCAUACAGCAACGUUUCGUGCUGUGUCACAAGUUUCGCUUGCACGUAAGCACCGUCAGUGAAUUUGUGCCGCUCUCCCAACGGUUGCAAUUACUCGAUCGUGGCUUUGAAUGCGUAAUGGAUCAAAGCCAAGCAACGGUAAAUGUGCCGCGUUUUAUUGUCAGCGAGGUAGCUGAUUUAUGUGCAGCGCUGCAGUUUGAAAAAGUUUAUGGUGUGUUGCAUAUAAGUAGGCGUAUACAUUGUCUACCGCUCACAUCUGCCUUGGCAUAUGCAAUACUCCAACUGGUGGACUGCACACCGAAAAAUAAGGACGAUUUUAUUGGCUUGGCAUUGGAGUUGCUAACGCAGCAGAUUUUGGCGUUACGCAACAUCAAAGCUCCAACUUCUCACAAUGCUCUAGACAAAGAUAUCGAUGUACUUACAUUUCCUCUAGUAUAUGAAUUACUGCUAAAGGCCUACCUACGGGAGGAACAAAAGUCAAGUCAGUUGUCCGAACUAUUGAAGUAUGUGCAAUUAGCUGUUAGCAGCUAUCCUGUUGAUGCAUUAGAAAGCUACUAUGUCGGUAAAGAGCGUGAGGUCAAUGAGAACAUUUGCAGGGCAUUGGAUGUUGCGGAGAUUACGCUAGCUGAUACGACGCUUAAUUUCUCAGCUGCGCAAGUGAAUUGCUCAUUCAAUGUCAAGCCGGCUGCACCAGUCAAGAACCGCUACUCUGUGUCAAUAUUUGAUCAAAUCGAAGUGCAGCCAGAACAGCCGCGUACGAAGAGAAAUAGUGUGGAGCAAACUUCGAUUAUGAAAUUUGUGGCACGGAGCAUUUUAUUACUGUUAGUAGAAACUACGCCCACUAACAGCAUACUUCUACAGUUACGCACAAUGUUAAAUGACGAAAUAGAAAAGGAUGCAGCUGUCGAAGAUUUCUUUUUAUCGUUGGAGCAGCUAAUCAAAGCGAAAAUGCAUGAUGUUUGGUACAUUAUGGUGCAGUACAUUUUGGAAUAUCAAGAACGUUAUGAAUGUAAUAUUAUCAGCACAGAUUUUGUGUCGCUACACUUGACGCGCGUCUUUCGCAAUGUGAUGUUAAAUAAGGAUGUUAAUUUUAUUGAUCUCUUCAAUAUGCUCAUCGCGGAUAAAAAUAAAGAAUCUUUGCUGGAACUGCUGAGCAAUGAUUUGAAAACCGAUCAACAACGCAUUAAUUUGCUAACACUUUGUGAAAUGUAUAACGUACAUCUGGAAGGUCAUAGUCAAGUGGAGGCAAUACGCAACAAACGUUUAAAACAAUUCUACUAUAUGGAGUUUUGCAAGCAAGAUCCCAGCAUAAAGGGGAAAUUCAAUGUGGACACCGAUAAUAUACAGCAAUUGUUAAGAUUAUUCCAUAAUAAGAAAUUGGACGUGAAAUUAUUGGAGCGGAUGAGUAAUGACUUCAAUUUGGAUUAUCAGCAAAUGCUUAUAACGCAGGUAAUAAGCAUAUUGCUUGGUCAGGAACUUAAGUAUGAAAUAAAGAUUGAUACCUUCGGUGAGGAAGAAUUGGUAGUAUUAAGCACUGUCAGCGGUAUACGUAAUCUAUGCCAACCAUAUUUGCAUUCAAUAAAAGAUGCGGAUUCGAUGGCAUCGAAAUUAAUACAAUUCUUCAAAGAGAUAAACAUCUAUUUCUAUGAGUUGUAUUUGUAUGUCAUUGAAAUGCUUUCAUUUUUCGACAAAAUGCCCAAGGAAAUGCAAAUUUGGACAAGUAUGUUGCAUUUUCUGAAACACAAAAUGAUAAAGCGUCGUCGCAAUCGUCCUGGCCCACUGGAAACCGAUAUGUGGUUGCAAUCGCAAAGUGAAAUGGGUGUGAUGCCGAAAAUUGCACGCUUUCGCCUACCAUUCAAGCCGAUUGUAGAGCAACCAUUAAAAGAUAUUUUAGAUAACGAGCUUAGUGUCGAUAAUUGCGAAAGUUGGUUUCCUCUUAUGCAAAUGCACACUGUACUUAAGGGCUCAAAUGAUGUAGCAAAAGUGCGUGACUACUUAUGCAUGUCUGCCGUGAAGAAUUCUAUUGCCGAAUACAAAGCGAAAAACGAAUCCGAAAUAUGGCAUCUACAACCCACAAAUAAUGCCUUCCUACAAUCGAUACUGCGUCUUGUCAAGCAUGUCACUAAUCCAUCUAAAACAUUUAUGAUACUAUAUUUUGUUGCAAACUAUGCACCGGAUGGGGCGGAUCAAGUGGAAGCUUCCUAUGAAUGCUAUAAAUAUGCGCUGGCGCAUGAGGAACUCAUAACGAAUGAAAAGUAUCAGGAUCAAUUGGUUAAAAUUAAGCGUAAAUAUCCUAUAAUUAAAACGCAGCACUUGCUUUACAUUUAUGGACUCACCGAUGAAAAACUUUUGAGACUGGUUGAGAAUCCAACUGAACUUAUUUAUAGCCUUUACCACCAUGAGUUGAUUUUGAAAUCAAGCAAAUUGGAUAUUAAUACAGUUGCGAAAGAAAUCGCCGAACUACAUGGCUUAGACUUGCAAGCAAUACAGUUUCAGUUAUUGCAAAAGUGGUUGGCUUUCACAGUCGAUGCCGGUAGUGCGAAUAUACUUGAGGAGACAUUCUUCGAAGAUCACAAUUUAGUGGAAGAGGAGCAAACGAAUGCGGGUAAUGCGGCGGAGAAUGUUAUAAGGUGGGAACGAUUUGUUAAGUAA